UGAGGAGAAUGGCAGGGGUGGGCACUUUGGGUGGGUAAUAAUUUUGUAGAUCUUGGUCUUUGAUAAAAUGUGAAUUUUCAGCCUCAUUUCCAUAACUACUAUGUAAACAUCCCUAAAAAUGAUCACAGUGAAUUACAUGAUAUCCCAUUCUAGGCAUAAUUUACCUUUUGCAUACAGGUCCUCAGAUCCUCUGAUAAUGCUUCACUGGUUGGUCCUAAUUCCAGGCUGAGGACUAAAGUUCAUGCCCUUGAAUAUCCCAGGAGAUGUGUUUGGAAAAACAAUUCUUAAAACCCAUUUUUACAGUGUAGCUAUUAAGUAAUCUUUUCUCAUGUAUUUUUGGUAUUGUUUGUAAAUUAUGUCUAAUUAUUUUAACCUGUUAUCUCUACUUCUUUCCUCUUAUUGAAUCACAAAUAUAUUGUUUUAUCUCCUGCCCUGUAGUCUUCUUCUUUUUGGUGUCUCUGUCCACUACAGACAGCCAAGGCUGGAUUACCAGAGGGGCAAAGCAGGCCACUGCCCAGGGGCCCCAGACCCCUAUGGGGCCCAAGGGCCGCAGAUCAUAGUGUGUCAACUGGUUUUGGAUUUCUGAAUUAAGUAACAUGGACAAAGAAGCAGAGAACAUGGACGAAAUCUCCAGCUCUCCUGCGUUAAACUCAGAGACGGCUGAGAUUACCAAUAUCCCUGUGUCAGAAAUCAUCGAUCAGACUAUUGUGGAUCUUGAUGAGCUGAUGCAUUGUGAUGACAUUUUAGACAAUGACGAAGUCACUUGCCCUUGCUCCUAUUUAACCAUCAGUGAGGAGAGCAUAUUGACAUACUCCUCUCGGUGUUCCUCAACUGACUCAGACAUCUCAGAGAUGAUCACAUCAUUUGAUCAGAAUAUCGAUGAGGAGAUUAAAAAAAUGUCAAAAGCUUCUUGAAUCCCUAGAACCUGGAGUCAGAGGCAGAUGAUUUUGGAGAAAAAGAGAAAGUCCGGACCACCGAGACAGGAUCAACCUCCAGACUUUCCAUCAGGUCAGAGGAGAGCGUGAGACCUGCCUCCUGUGCCUCUUCUUCCUCCACCAACACAGCCAUCACUAAGGCAGGCAAAAUGCUUGUCUCCCACGUGAUUGAUGAGGCUGUCAAGACAUUGCAGUCCACUGAGGCUGUAAGGACAAUGCAGUCCACCGAGGUUCUCAAGACACUGGAGACCACCGAGGCUGUCAAGACACUGCAGUCCACUGAGACUGUCAAGACACCGGAGGCCACUAAGCCUGUCAAGACCAUUAAGGACAGGGAUGCUCCUCCCCAGUCAGACCGGAGUUCUAGCCCUCUAGGGUUGGCUGAGGGGGAACAGGAUGUCACACCAGAGGAGGCUGGGAACGUUGUGCCAUCUCCACCCUCCACCAGCUCCUUUCCACCAGCUGAUCAGGUGAAUGCAAUCCCCCAGUCACAGAGCCAACCACUGGCCAAAACUGUGAAUGAUUUCCAGGAAGAGGCGAGAAGUUCCCAGAGUUGUCAGACUCUCAUGAUGAAGUUCUGAAGGCUUUUAUUCCAUGUCCCUCAGAAGAUGAUAGAAAUCUUGCAGUCUCACAGGAGGACAAAGAAGCAGCAGCAGACUGGCAACUUGUCCUGAAUUCUUCCAUCACUGCCUUAAUAAGGAGAUUUUUCCAGAGUCUCAGUAAAGAGCAAUGGAGGGAAGCAAGCGAAGGUGUUUACAAUUGGGAUGUGAAGGAGCAGCUGACUGACAUGUGCACAGAUGUUUUGAGGUUCAUCUUGGAGUCAGUUGCUAAGAACAUCUUACAGGCCAUCCAUCAGGAUCAAGGUUCCAUAUCUGGCACCUUGACCCUGAGGAGUCCCUUGUACUCAGCACCUCUCAUUGAGUACUUAGGUAUCACUGAGAACAACAUGCAGAGAAGUUUGGAAAGUUCCUUCAUACAGGCUCUCUGUGAUGUUGUUGGUGCGGACACCCCUGGAAGGAUUUCACCCAAAUUCACAGAGGCCAUAGUAGGAGAGGUCAUUAAUGAGGUCAACUCUGUCCUAUCAGUGGCCAUACAAGCCUCUGUGGAUGGAGGUUCCUCCAGCAUCACUGCUGCUGCCAGCCGCCUGGUGUCAAAGGACAGAGCAGCCAAGAAGACUUUGGAGGGAGCUAUCACAACCAUGAAAUCCUUCCUCACAGGACGAGGCACUGCAAUUAGGAGGAGGAUUCAGACAGACAAAGGUUUAAAUCAUGAAAGUAAAGAGGAGACACCGGCGGAUGGAUGUAAAGGCAAGAGGAAGAAGUCGCAGUGGAAGAGGUGUUUCAGUGGAUGGCGGAGGAAAAAGAUUCAGGCAGCUCCACUCAAACAUUUGGAUGAGGCCUUCAGGUCAGCCAGGGCUGACUUGACAUCUAGGAGCACCAAAGAGAGCAAACAGGGCUCUCAUUGUUCUCAAGAGACACCCUCCACCACCCCCUCCAAUGCUGCUGUGGGAGCAGACGUUGGGACCCCUCACCUAGAGUUGGUGGACUACCUGGAGGACGAAGAUGAGACACCAGAAGACAUCAGAAAUGUUGUUUCAUCUCUGUCUUCUACCAGCUCGAUUCCACCAGAACAGCAGGUCACUUGGUCCAAAUUCCUUGAGGACCCACCCAUGGCUGAAGCUACGAAUGAUGGUUUCCAAGAAGAGAUGAACAAUUCUUUAAGUCAUCAAUCCACUGACUCUGGUGACGAGGAUGAAGAAACCUUCAUCCAGAGCUCUGUGGACCAGUCUCAGCCUGAGUGUCUUAGUAAUAACCAAGCUGAUGUUGCAGAGACCAAGACAAAGAAGAGCAACCGUAUCUUGCGCUUCUUCCACAAUAUCUUCUCAAAGAAUGAGAAGAAGAAGGAGGAGGAGGAGAAGAAGAAGAGGGCUUCAGCAGAGAAUCAGAGCAUCCUCCUUUUUGGUUGUGACUGUUGCGGCUUGACAAGUAAAAAUCAGGACCAGCUUCAGCAGCUGGCUUGAUAAUAACAUCUUCCCAUCCCUCGUUCUCCUACAAGUUCUGAAAGUAUUAAAUUCCCCCCCAAUAAUGUAUUGAUGAUGUUGACCAAUCAACAUUAAUUUCCAGCGCAACGGUGAACCAUGAAUGCAUUUAACGAGAAGGCACUGACGUUCCAAAUCUGGGUUCAAAGGAGAGAGAAUAAAAACUUGUUUGGACUAGUGUCGAUGACACAAAUAGAUGAUACACAUAUUAAAUAGUCUUUAUUGCAGUUUUUCAUUAGCAUGCAGUGCACUCGGCAAGCUUUCAUGAAUUUUUCAUUCACUAGGAGAUGUAAUGAAGUCUUUCUUGUAAUUUGGCCCAUCAAUAAUUAGGAGACCUCACUGAAUAGUCUCUGGAAAUGGUGGCUGUAAGAAAUCCUAUACCAUUAAUAUUGCAUUGAACUCUUUCAGGCUUAUUAGCAAGGCUAGGUCCUUAAUGAGCCAAUAGUCCUUAGUAUUGUCAAUAUUUUAUCCUUAUGUACCUUCGUCGAUUGAGAUGGGAUUGAGAUGGGACUUCAAGCGUUAAGGUUAAUGACCCUGAACAUGAGAGUCAAGAAGCAAAUGUAAAGCUGUUUUUCAGCCAUAAGAAUAACUGAGUUAAAGA